ACGGCGCCUCAGAGCCAUGUUCAGGGCGGUUAUAGAGGAAUCAAACCACAACCAUACACUUAUAGCAGACGCUGAACGACGAUGAUGGAUUUUGACGAAAGGGUCCCCGUCGGAUCGAACAUGUAUUUGCCCAGUUGCACUUAUUACGUGUCGGCGGGGGCUGAUUUCUCCGGUCUCCCAUCUUUUUUAUCCCAGACCCCGUCCUCCCGUCCCAUGACAUACUCCUACUCCUCUAACCUGCCGCAGGUCCAGCCCGUCAGAGAGGUGACGUUCAGGGACUAUGCCGCCAUUGACGCGUCCGGUAAAUGGCCGCACCGGGGAAACUUGCCCCAGUGCUACAACAGCACGGAGGAUAUGGUGCACCGGGACUGUCUUUCGGCGCAGACGGCCGUAGUAGGAGACGUGUUCGGUAAAAACAGCCCCGCAGCCGCCGCCGCUGCAGCGUACCACCACCAUCAUCACCAUCACCACCACCACACGAGCUCCGGCUCCGCCGCCUCCAAUUUCUACGGGAACGUGGGCAGAAAUGGCGUCCUGCCACAAGCCUUCGACCAGUUUUACGAGACUGCGUACGGAAACGCGACCGAGAGCUCAUCCACAAACGGCUUUUCAGGGGAAAAAACGACGUCGAAGCAGCCGAGCUCUGCGCCGGAGGACGCGCAGUCGUGCCGUGACGCCGAAGCGAAGGAGCCGCGGGAGGACACGAGCAGCCCCGAGUUAUCUUCCGGAAACAAUGAGGAGAAAUCCAGCAACGGCGGCCAUGGACAGAGGACGCGCAAGAAAAGGUGCCCUUAUUCCAAAUAUCAGAUCAGAGAACUUGAAAGAGAAUUCUUUUUUAGUGUGUAUAUCAACAAGGAGAAACGGCUGCAGCUCUCCCGAAUGCUCAACCUCACCGAUCGGCAAGUAAAGAUUUGGUUUCAGAACCGCCGCAUGAAGGAGAAGAAACUGAACAGAGAUAGAUUACAGUAUUACACGUCCAAUCCUCUGCUUUAGGUGUCCAAGCAGCACUCCAGCAGCACUGGGACUUGACUGCUUUUACAGACUCUCCAGUGCGCCACAAUGGCUGCGUCAUGCAGGAACAGUGGCAGCAGCAGCAACAACAAUAAUAACAGCCGGGUGGUUUCGUUUCAAGUUCGAGGAUGACCGGAUUUGGUGGCCAGAAUUAUCUAAUGUCAGAUCACGACCUGACACCAGUCUGUGGAUUUCGAUUUUGCUCCCCAGACGCGUUUUGGACUCAAUAAACUUUACGCGUAAAGGACGC